AUGCGUUGAUAGAACGGGAACAAGUAAGAGAGAGUAUCCAGAAGAAGGCAAAAUUAUUGUAGAUUCUACUUCCGGUGAAUCGAUGCGGUAAAUUUCGCAUGUGAAACGAUUUGCUUUAACGAUGACUUCGCAACAGCCCCCGAAGCAACAACAGAUGGACAAAGGGUCCGGAGAUAAAGAGAAGAAGAAGAAGGAAACUAUUUUAGAUUUAUCCAAGUACCUGGAGAAACCGAUACGAGUAAAGUUCAGUGGAGGGAGAGAAGCAAGCGGUAUACUGAAAGGUUAUGAUCCAUUGUUAAAUCUCGUAUUAGACGACACAACAGAACAUUUGAGAGAUCCAGAUGACCCCUAUAAAUUAACUGAGGACACAAGAAGUUUAGGUCUCGUUGUGUGCCGAGGGACGUCUGUUGUGUUAAUAUGUCCGUCGGACGGAAUGGAGGCGAUAGCAAAUCCUUUCGUGCAGCAGGACGGAUGAUCGCUAUGGCAACAUUGUGUUGUUGUUGUUGUUGUGUAUAUAAUGUAAAGACUGGAGAGUUUAUAUGAUAAUUCUUCAACUGAAGUGAUGAAUUUUUUAAAAUAAAAAGCAAAAGAAUAGGUAUGUUCAGAAACAAGGGAAAGAAGAACUGAAUGACUGAAAUAUUGCCGCAAAGUUGAGCAAUGUACCGUUGAAGAGUAUCAGUGUUUAACGGUUAAAAAGAAUUGUCAUAGCUCUUAAAAAGCAAUUUUUUGUGCUCGCAAUGUUUGUUACGUAUAAUUUACAUAAAAGUAUCUAUACAAUUCAAUUGCAACCUAUCUUCGCAUACAAAAUUACAUGAAAUGCAUUAUAUUCUUCUCAUUGUUUAUAUUUCAUAGUUGAAAGUCUUCAGUUUGGCUGCUGGUACAAAAAAAUAUAUAUUCAAUAUAGAUCUAAAUGUUAGAGGAAUUGUUUAGUAUCAUUUUUACGAAACCUGGUAUACAGUGGUUUAUAGAAAUAUAUCAGUGAAAUAUAAAACUGAUAUUUCACUGUUAUGAAUUUAAACCCGUUACGUUGUUUCACUGAAAUACCAGCAUGCACAGUACUGGAAACCAACUUAAUAACGUGACGUUGUAAAUACAAUAUGUUGUAUUUUUAUUUGGCGCGCUUUUCAUUUAGUAUAGAUUAAAAUGUCUUUAAAUGUUUCUUUGCAUAUAAUAAAAGGAAAAUUGGUUUAAGUAUAAGAUGGAAAUGAUUAUUUCACCUAGUGAACACCAAAAGUUUGUAUAAUUUUACUCGUGACUGCACCACUCGCGAAAUAUACCUUUUUGCUGCUCACUCGGUGAAAUAUAUUCCGAUCUUACACUUACUAAACAAAUAUCCUGUAUCAUAGCCCAUGCCCUUUUGUCAUUUUAUGAGGAAUGGUCAGUUAGUUAUGUAAAAAUUUUUGUCAAGAGACGUAAUUUUAACUUUGAUGGACCUUGAAUAUAUUACAAUUAACAUUUCCAAAAAAAUCAAGAGCUGAAAUUUCGAUUGCAUUCAUCACUUGUCAUAUUGGUUUCAGUGAAUUUGAUAAUUUGAAUAUAAAUUUGCAUACUUGCAGUUUAAUGGCAUGA